AUGGCAGGAGGAAAUGCAGAGCCGCCGCAGAAACAGGACGAGCUUCAGCCUCAUCCGGUAAAGGAUCAACUUGACGGUAUCACUUACUGCCUCACAAGUCCUCUUCCUUGGUUUGGACCAGCGGAGGCAAUACUUUUGGGGUUUCAACACUACUUAGUGAUGCUUGGAACGACUGUUCUCAUUCCAACAAUGUUAGCUUCAAAGAUUGAUGGAAGAAACCUAAACAAGGUAAAGUUGAUUCAGACAUUGCUCUUUAUUGUGUCUGGACUCAUCAACACGUUAUUGCAAAGCUGGUUUGCGACUCGUCUUCCUGCUGUCAUUAGUGCUUCUUACACAUAUGUGCCAAUCAUCUUAGCUACUCGGUACAAUGACAUUAUGGAUCCUCAAGAGAAAUUUGAAAAGAUAAUGCGUGGAAUACAAGGUCAAGGUGCUCUUAUUUUUGCCUCAUUUCUUCAGAUCCUUGUUGGUUUCAGCGGCCUUUGGCGCAAUGUAGUAAGGUACUUGAGUCCCUUAUCUGUUGUGCCUCUUGUAGCAUUUUCUGGCUUUGGACUCUAUGAACAAGGAUUCCCUAUGCUAGCAAAAUGCAUUGAGAUUGGACUGCCUGAGAUCAUAAAUUCUCACAGGUUAAACCAAUUUGUCAAAUUGUUACCAGAGUGGCCAUUGUAUGGCUUUAUUGCAUACAUUCUCACCAUUGGAAUUGAUACUCAAAUCAGUUGCAGAACUGAUCGUGCUGGCAUCAUUAGCGCCGCUCCAUGGAUUCGAGUGCCUUAUCCUCCUAGUCAAUGGGGAACUCCUACUUUUAAUGCAGGAACUCCUUCUUUCGUUUCUCUUGUUGAGGUCAAACGCUUAAUCUCUCUCGAUUACUAUAGCAAAGUUUUUAAAAACCUCGAGGCAUAA